AGAGAGAGAAAAGAGGGGGAGGGAAAGAGCAGAGGAGUGGUGGUGUGAAGAGGGUGGAAAGAAGGAGGUGAUUGUUGAAGAGUUUAGAAAACUUUAUAAAAGAAAGAGAGGGCUGGAGUGAGAGAAUGAGAGAAGACGAGAGAGGAACACAGACAAGCGGAAUAUAUAUCCAGCGCGGACAUUUACGCAAAGACUGGACGCCACCAAUCAACAACUCAGACACAAUGAAGCCUCUUGCCCACUCUAGACAGCUGUUUCUCUUCCUGGCCCUUCUCAGCCUGGGGUUCCCCGAAGCGUCCCUGAGCGAAUCCUCCGACAAAUUCCUGGACCCUUCGGAGGACUACGGCGACCUGUACAACCCCCCCACCAUGGCGUUCACCGCCCGCCCGCCCGGGCCCACUCGCCUCCCGGAGCCCUGCUACAAGGACCUCUGCCAGGACCUGCCCGCUCCCUGUGCCCAGCUGGCAGCCGAGACGGGCUGCAGCUGCCCCGGCGUCUCCAUGGGGCCCCGUGCCCUGCCCGAGGCGCCCAGCGUCAAGGUCUUCUGGCGGGCCGGCGCGGAGCCGGAGGUGCGGUGGUGUGCGGCGCACGCCCAGCAGACCGUCUACAGGGUCCUGGUGGGGGGCCAGCUGGUGGAAAGUUUCGACGACCUGAAGAGGUCGAUGGUGGUGGCGGGCCUGAGCGCCGGGACGGAGGUGUGCGUGCAGGCCGUCAACGAGGUCGGGGCGAGCGCGCCCCGGUGCGAGGCCUACAAGCCGCCCAAGAAAGGCGCCAGCCUGGCCGUGAUGGUGGGGCUGAUCGUGGGGGCGCUGGGCCUCCUGCUGCUCGUCACGCUCGCCGUCCUGCUCUGGAGACACCGCAGCCGGAGGAAAGACGGAGCCCGCGUGAGCACCGAGGGCUCUCUCUGAGAGAGGAGUGUGUGUGUGAGUGUGUGAGUGUGUGUGUGUUAAAGACAGCAAGGCAAGAGAGAAAGCUGCAAUUACGUGGCGUGAUCAGAGAUUGUACUGUAGAUUCUGAUCACUGAUAUGAUUUAUGACGAUACAAACAUCUUCCCUCUGACAAGAGACGUAUCAAACUCGACUGCACAGAAAAAAGAGCGAGAGAAAACACAACAAAAGUUUUGAACUGCUGACUACAUUCCACACAAAACCAAAUGACAUCAACCAUUUGCGUAACUUUCAGAUAAUUAUUUGUUUAUCAUGGCCUGUGGACAAACUGUUCUUGUUACAAAAGUGCAUUUAUCUCAAGUGCCGUAUAUUUACAUAUGGCUGGAUGAAUGAGUGUGCAUAUAUCAAUGACUUUUUAUUCCUUAAUUAUGCAUACUCAAGGAGAGCCGCUGUGUGUUUUUGUUUACUUUUACCUAAAAGAAUUAUAUGAAUCUAUCUGACAUUUUUGUCAAAAUUGAGUUACUGACAUAUUCUCCUUCUGUGACACCUUAAGAAGUAGAGGUGGGAAGUUUGUUGUAGUUUUAUGGAUUUUUGGACAUUAUAUCUAAAGAGGUUUGUUCCGCUUAUCAGUAUAAUAUGGAAUUCUGAAACUUUGAAGCUCAAUAUCUCAGAACUACUCAGUACAUACAGUACAGUAGAUAGAAUCUUAUAACUCUAAGGGGACUAAUCAAUUUGAUUAGUGGAUUUCAAGGAAAAGGAAUUUGAUAGAUAACAGUAACACAGAUGGAGUAUCAGAUAAAUGGGUGGAGUAGAUGGCUGGAAAAUCACAAAAUCACGACCCCGUCACUGAAAGUAAUUAUUAACGGAGACACUAAUUCAUACGAAGCACAAGCCUCACAGUCUAGGAAUGUGAUUGGGCAAUAUAAGUACCGGCUGAACUCGGCUUAACCCUGCCUGAAUGUGUGUGUACGAUACCUCCGUGCUCGACGGCACACCAAAAGGGUGAUGGCCACAGGAAACGUGUGUACAUGCAGUCGAGGGAAACGCCUGUGGCACUGAGAGAUUGACAGUCCCAUCUGGUGUUUUUGGACCGAGGUGGGGCAGUCAGGGUGAACACAGCGGAUAUUAUCCACGCUGGUGUGGAUUGGAGUCAGUCGCCCAUGUCCGUUUGUUGAUACCACACUAACCCUCAGACAGCUGCAGUUUAGCCCCGUGGAGUAGGAAUAUGCUUUAAGGCUGAUUUCAGCUUCAAAGAUUCACCGCAGGCUUUUUAAAAGAACGAUAUGAAUAACUUGUUUUCUAAAUUCAUGUUUUAUAUUAUUAAUUUUAUAUUAAUUUGUUGAUAACUUAAUUUUUUGAUAAUAAAAAUAAAUGUUCUAUGGUCAUUUGUGAAUUUAUGUGGCAUCAUGGCUUGUGAAAAAGUGGGAAGCUGGUGGUAAAAGGCAGCUGCUCUGAGAGAUGAGUUUAAAAUGGGGGAGUGUUUCUUCAAAUAAAUUAUCCUGGAAUGUUGUGCAAUAGCAGUCCUCGGGAGCUCAGAUGGUAACUUGUGACGGGGAACAUUUCUCAUAGAGACACUAUCAGACACUAUCCCAUUUAGUUAAUGUGCAUAUGCUUGUAUACUAUGGGAUGUAGCUAAUCUUAUGUUGUAAAUAUUUGUUUUAGUUCCUGUGGUCAUUUUCAUGUUUUAUUUUAGCAACUAGGCUGUUUUGUAUGAUAUAAAAAUGGUACUGCUAUAUUGUCUCUGUCAACCGAUCAUUUGGGAAAGACAACCCUUUUGAUUUGUAUGUGUUUCUUAAAGAGAAAGAAAGCGCAAGAUUGAAAAAAAGGAGACAGGUUGUUUAUAAUGUCUCAAUUCUAAACAAUUCUGAUAGUUUCAAACUAAAUUAUUUUUGAAAAGGUAAACAUCCAACAUCCUACAAUUUGUUUGACAGGGCAUGUCUAAAAAGCUAAAUAAUCAUAUGAUCUAAUAAUUAUGUUUUCUUAACACUGUUGUUAGCUAAAUAAACUUUUGAAUUGA